AUGCUCGUUUAUGUAGAUGAUCUUAUCAUCUCUGGAGACGACCAUGAAGGUAUAAAGGAUAUCAAAGCUCAUUUAAACUCUGUGUUUGAUAUAAAAGACCUCGGUGAGCUUAAGUACUUUCUUGGGAUUGAAGUGUGUCGUUCUCCGGAAGGCUUAUUUCUUUCCCAACGAAAGUACACCCUUGAUUUACUUUGUGAAACAGGAAAGUUAGGAGCUAAACCGGUUGACACUCCGCUCCCUAAUGGCUACCAAGUUGAACAAAAGGGGGAGAGGAAUGAUCCUCCAUACGAAGAUCCCUCUCGCUAUCGUCGUCUUGUGGGUAAGCUUAUCUAUUUAACACUUACUCGACCUGACAUUUGCUAUGCUGUGAAUCAGGUUAGCCAGUACAUGAAAGCUCCAACAACAUACCACUGGAACAUCUUGGAAAGAAUACUUCACUAUCUCAAGAAGAGUCCAGGCCAAGGCAUAUGGAUGGGCAAGAAUGACAACACCGACCUUGUGGGAUAUUGUGACGCAGAUUGGGCUGGUGAUAGGACUGAUAGACGGUCUACAACGGGCUACUGCACCUUCAUAGGAGGCAACCUAGUUACGUGGAAGACCAAGAAGCAAAAGGUAGUGUCGAUGUCCAGCGCCGAGUCCGAAUAUAGAGCGAUGCGGAAGCUAACUACCGAGCUCACUUGGCUCAAGGCGUUAUUAGAAGAACUAGGCAUCAAGCCAUCAACACCAAUCCCUAUGCACUGUGACAAUGAAGCCGCCAUUCACAUAGCCACAAACUCGGUGUUCCAUGAAAGAACUAAGCACAUUGAGUUGGACUGCCACAAGGUUCGCGAGAAGAUUGAAGAAGGAGUUACACUCCCAUAUUACACACCAAGUGUAGACCAACUCGCUGAUAUCGUCACCAAGGCCACCUGUCAUAAAGUUUGUGAUCACAUUCACAACAAGCUUGGACUGGUGGACUUGACACACCCUUGA